CCCUCUCUGCGCCCUCUUCCUCUGCUCUGCCGCUCUUCGCGGUCUCCCGCCCACUGGGCGCCGCUGCUGGCCGGGCCACUCAGUAAGCCUCCGAUGGGGUAGAACGACGACUCGCAAUCUGAAAUUAACAGUUGAAGCUAAGGCAGCCAUAACUGAUAGUGGCAGCAAAAGUUUCCUGGCUUCCGGUCUCCGGUGUGACGUACAUUUUUCCUUUUCUCAAAAAAAAAAAAAAACAACAAAAAACAAAAAACUCACGGUUACCCUGGGCAACGGCGAAGCGGACGAGGAAGGGACGCUUCUGUAGUUCUUUCUGUAGGUUUGAGUCAAGAACUUUCAGUCAUCUUGAUAAUACCAGAUUGGAUGCCCAAAACUGCAAAGUGCAAGAGACAGAGAGCGGAACUUUAAGGAAAACAUAUCAUCAACAUGGCAGAUGUGAAAAUCUUCCGGGAGGUUCUACCAAAACAAGGGCAACUGUCGGUGGAAGACGUAACCACAAUGGUGCUGUGUAAACCAAAACUUUUACCCUUAAAAUCUCUCUCUCUGGAAAAACUGGAUAAAAUGCAGCAAGCAGCACAUGAUACCAUUCGCCAACAGCAAAUGGCAGAAAAGGAAAAACAGGAAAAAGCUCACUGACCAAUGAACUCUUCAGCACCCUACCUUACCUAGUUUAUUAUCUAAAACAUAAUCUGUACCUAUAUGCAGAAAGUAGUAUUAAUAAAACUGGUAAUUUUCAUAAAUUAUUUUAAAGUAUCAAAAAUAAAACUUGUGAAUUUAAACUGUGCUUUGCGUAGAAUAAACUUUGAACCAAGUA